GGUGUCCUGUAUAAAUAGGAGAAAGUAAGAACCGAACCGCCACAGCAGUUCUCCCCAAAAUCAAAGCAAUAAAUUAAGCUAAAGCAAGAAAAGCAAAGCUCAGACCUCCUUUUGAGAAAGCAAGUAAAAAUGGAGAGCUUGAACAAGACGAUAAUGGCGGUUCUCCUUGUUGCAGUGAUGACGGUGGGUAUGGCGGAGGCUCAGAUGCCUUCUUGCGCGAGCAAGCUCGUGUCGUGUGCCAGCGACCUGAACUCAACCAAGCCAAGCGAAGGGUGUUGUACCUCCAUCAAGCAAGCGGUGGCUACCGAGCUCUCUUGCCUAUGUAAUCUCUACAACACCCCUGGUUUGCUUCAGAGCUUCGGUGUUUCAGUCGCUCAGGCUCUUCAACUCACUCAAAACUGCGGCGUUCCUGUCAAGCUCGACCAAUGCAAGUCUGCCGUAGCUGGAGCUCCAGCUCCCCAAAGCCAGCCUCCCCCAGGAGUUCCAGGAAGUGAUAAGAAUGGAGCAGAGAGAACAGUAUGGACAGGAAUAUCUUCUCUAUUCCUAGUGUUUGUGUCUGUGUUACUUUACUAGAGAAUGAGAAUCUAAAUCUUUACUUGGGAUUAGUUAUAUUUUAUCAGAGACUUGUGAUGAGAGGGUGAAUAAAUCGGAGAUCAUUAUUGUACUAUUCAUAUUUUCAGGGCUUAGAACUUUUAUUUGGAGUUGGAGAUUCUAUUAGUUAUUAGUUUGGUAUUUAUUGAUGUGAGUAGCAUUGUUGUUGCCCUUUACUUUUAUUGUAUCUAUCUAUAAUUCGAAUGGUACUUCUGAUUCAUUAGUUACAAGUUGUGUGGUCA